UUGAAAAUUGAGAAAAGGGUUAAAGUGAGAGUGGAGACGAUGAGAACAGAAAAAAUAAGAGGAUUUGGGAGUGGUGCGAGUUUUGCUGAGUGGAAAGGGUAAUUGUUGAGAUUUGGUUGUAGUGAAUUUGAUGAGAUUUGGUGUAAUCGUUAAGCCAUGAGUUUUUCUGUCUUUAAUUCACGGAAUCACAACUAAUUAAAUGGUCAGGGAUUGUUCUGGUUGUUAUGUCAAUGAUUUUUCUUUUUUUUUCUUGAUUUUUUGGUUGAAGAUAUGAAGAACAUGAAAAAAAGAGAGUACGAAGAACAUGAAGAAAAGAGAGAGAAAAAUUAGUAACAAAGGAGCAAUCCAAAAAAUCAACACCUUUUUUUUUUUUUUUGUUGAAAAAUUAGUAAAUACCUAACAAAAAGAAAAACGUCGAAUUUUUAUUUUAGUAAACAUCUAGUGAUUCUACAUCAAAGCAAAGGGUAUCUUCAUCACUUUGGCAAGGACCAGCAAACAUAUCACUUUGAAUUUCAUCCAAAUCUUCAACAUAUUCUGCAUCGCUAGCGAAGGGAAUCGUCGUCUUCAAAGAACGUGCGUUGUAACAUCACUAAGUUUCUCCUUCCUCGAUUCAUACAAUUGAUUUGUAUUAUUUUGAUCUGAAUCAAUUUUGUGUUUUUUUUCUUUCUUCUGGGUUUUUGAUGAAAGGUAUUCUGAAGAUGUCGAAGGUGAAAUAACAAAGGGAUAAAGAAGAUGAAGAGAGAACAUGAAGAUGAUUAGGUGUGAGUGGUUCACCGUAAAGUAUAAUAGAUCCCACGGUCCUCUUUUAGAGAAAAAAUCAAAUGGUUAAUGUUCAAAAAAUUAAUAAGACAUAUGGUGGACCAUAAAAGGACCAAAAGAGGUAACGGAAGAAAACGUAAGAGACUAAUUUGAGACGUUUUUUUAGUUAGGGACCAUACUAAAAAAAAGAAUAAAGUUAAAUAACUAAAUGAUGUAUUAAGUUGUUUCAAAAGUUGUUAAAAAGUGGUUGUACAAAUAUUUUUUAUUUUUUUUUAUUAAUUAUUAAACAAAUGGGACCCAGCCCAAUAACCUUUCUUCUCUAACCUUAAGAAAUAGAGAUUUCUGCAACAAAAGAAACAACAAAAUUCGAGAAAUCCCAAUUGCAUCCAAGAAUUGAUUUUGGCCAGACGUGAAAGCUAGGAUUAGUUUUGCUUCCAGAAUCAAUUUCUCAACUCAGACCCAAACAAGCUUUCACGUCUGAUUGUUGUUUCUUUUGAGCACUUAAUGUAUAAUUUUUUAUUGGGUUUGUUCGGUAGUUGCUCAGUUAACCGGAUUGUAUCCUCCGCCGUCAAAAACUUCUCAGAUCCUUCUGCCACCACCGGCGACGAAACAGUCACCAAUGGCAUGGUUAGAUAUUCGUUCACUUCUUACAUUCUCUGCAAUUUUCCGCGUGAUUCUGAUCCUCUACGGAGAAUGGCAAGAUGCACACAUGGAAGUUAGAUACACUGACGUUGAUUACAUUGUGUUUUCUGAUGCGUCUUCUCUUGUUGCUUCUGGUUAUUCUCCUUAUCAAAGAACCACUUAUCGUUAUUCUCCUCUCCUCGCUUUUCUUCUUCUUCCUAAUCAUUUCAUUCAUCACUCUUGGGGAAAGUUUCUCUUCUCUUCUGCAGAUAUACUUGUGGGAUAUUUUAUCUAUUAUAUUCUAAAGCUGCAGAAGGUUCCUGAAAACCUCUGCAACUACUCUGUCAUGGCAUGGCUUUUGAAUCCAUUUACAUUCACCAUUGGGACACGUGGGAACUGUGAACCCGUUGUUUCUGCCAUGCUAUUGUGGAUCAUUGUCUGUCUUAUGAAAGGUAAUGUGUUACAGUCAGCUUUUUGGUAUGGACUUGUUGUCCAUUUCAGGAUUUAUCCUAUAAUUUAUUCUAUUCCUAUAAUCCUGGUUCUUGAUCCGAACUUCUUCCCAUCUGGUCAGAAACCCGUCCUACGGAACUGGAGUACUUUUCAGAAAGAGAGACCCGAAGACAGGAAUGGCUUGUUCACUCCACUUAAUUUCUUGAAAAGCUUAUUCACAUGGAACAGGAUGAUGUUUGGACUGGUCUCAGGAUUGGUUUUCCUCGUAUGCACUGGCCUGUUCUACUGCUUAUAUGGAUGGGAAUUCCUACACGAGGCGCUACUGUAUCAUCUUACUCGUACAGAUCCAAGGCACAACUUCUCCAUCUAUUUCUAUCACAUAUAUCUUCAUUAUGGGAAUGAUAUUUCAGUGGUGGAAAAGCUUGUCUCCUUUUUGCCACAGUUUUUCGUUCAGCUUGUUCUGAUUUUCAGCUUUGCACGGGAUUUGCCAUUUUGCCUAUUUGUGCAGACUGUAUCAUUUGUGGCCUUCAAUAAGGUGAUUACUGCACAAUACUUUGUUUGGUUCUUCUGCUUAUUGCCUCUAAUACUCCCAUGGAGUAAAAUGAAGCUUAAAUGGGGUGGAUUGUCUUGCAUUCUUUUGUGGAUCGGAGCUCAAACCCAUUGGUUAUUGUGGGGCUACCUUCUUGAGUUCAAGGGUAAAAAUGUCUUUUUACAGCUUUGGGCGGCAGGCUUACUGUUUCUUGCAGCCAACAUAUUCAUCCUUGUCAUGAUUAUUUGUCAACAUAAUUGUUCUUCUGUUUUCAAAGCUUUAGAGAAUACCGACCCCAAACACAUAACUAAGCUUGAAUGACCUUGAUUCGUGAAUGAGUUUCAAUUUUCAUCCUCACCAUUGCUAUGCAUCGCCCUUGACACGCUUCAAUUUUGGAAGGUUAACAAUUCAUGGUCAAGAAUACAGCAACUGAUAAUCAUGGUGAAACUUGUGCUGUUUUCUUAAAGUGAACAGUGGGUGAAUAUUAUGAUUGUUUUGUAACCCUGAACCUGAAUGUCUUUCUUUUUGUUGCAAUGCAUAAUCUUAAGCAAUGAGUUUAUUUUGAUUGCUUUCUUA